AUAUAAGUGCAACAUCACAGCAGCUGCGCAUGUACAUCAAGAAGAGGGACACUGGUCCGGGGCAAUGGAAGUGAGAAGGAUGGCUACACAUUUGGUAUUCCUCGUCUCUCUAUUUGUAGCCGUUAAUUCAGCAAUUAUUUAUGCUGCAGAGAAUGUCUGCUCUGUUAUUUAUGAUGAUAAAGCAAAGGCCUUACACGUUGUCUCCGGAAAGCAAGAGCCUUACGUUGCCCAAGCUGUCUUUGUUGGUGAUUCUUUCAACAAAACAGGGUGGACAACAUUGAAACUGACUUCCAAUGAAACCUAUGCUGACAGUCUGCAAGCACGUGCUGCUGGCAUGGCUGAAGGUUUCAUCACUAGUGAACUCAUUUACAUGCACUAUAUGAACACUUUGGCUGAUUAUUGUACAAAUGAGAAAGACUUUUGCACAAAGUUGUCAAAAUUUGUAAGUGAUAAUAAGGAAUGGAUAAAUAACAAAAUCAAGGAUUCUCAAAGUACAGAGAAGAGCUACUGGCAUCAGGUAGAUUUAAUUUAUACCCAGAUACAAGGGUUGCAGGAAGGAUAUGCUGCUUCAAAACAACCAAAGAUAGACGAAAUGGGAUUCAUGUUAUUGCAGAUUUUUGGAGAUUUAGAAGACCUUGAAGUAGCUCUUGGCAAAAAACAAUUAAGACGAUCAACAGGAUCGGGACAUUGUUCUGCAAUCAUAAAACUUUUGCCAAAAAAUGCUGAUCUUAUGGUGUCUCAAGUAACCUGGAAUGACUAUAAUGCAAUGUUGCGAGUUUUCAAACUUUACAAGCUCGGCUUUCAUAAAACUGAUGGUCAACAACGAGGCCCACUGAUAAGUGGCAUCAAUGUUAGCUUCUCAUCAUACCCUGGCUUGCUUUACAGCGGAGAUGAUUUUCACAUAAUUAGCAGUGGCUUGGUAUCACAAGAGACAACUAUUGGGAACAUGAAUGCUGAUUUGUGGAAGUUUAUCACACCAAACUCUUUGCUGGAGUUUGCACGUACCAUAGUUGCAAACAGACUGGCAACCUCAGCUGAUCAAUGGUGCUACAUGUUUGAGAAGUACAACAGUGGAACGACUUUUAGCCUUUAUUUUCAGUACAUUUUUAAGUGUGAUUUGCGAGCCUAUUCCUUUUGGGUUAUUUCAGGUCAACAACGAGGCCCACUGAUAAGUGGCAUCAAUGUUAGCUUCUCAUCAUACCCUGGCUUGCUUUACAGCGGAGAUGAUUUUCACAUAAUUAGCAGUGGCUUGGUAUCACAAGAGACAACUAUUGGGAACAUGAAUGCUGAUUUGUGGAAGUUUAUCACACCAAACUCUUUGCUGGAGUUUGCACGUACCAUAGUUGCAAACAGACUGGCAACCUCAGCUGAUCAAUGGUGCUACAUGUUUGAGAAGUACAACAGUGGAACGUAUAACAACCAGUGGAUGGUCGUUGAUUACAAACUCUUCAAGCCUGAGUCACCAUUGCAACCAAACACUCUUUGGAUUCUUGAGCAAAUUCCUGGCACCAUACACAUGGGGGACAUGAGCAUGAAAUUGCAAUACCAGACGUAUUGGGCGAGUUUUAACGUACCGUACUUCCCGUACAUAUACAACCUGAGUGGUUUUGCAUCGGCCAAGGCCAAAAUGGGUUCAUUUUUUGACUAUGAUCUCACUCCAAGAUCCCAGAUUUUCAAACGUGACCAUUCAAAAAUAACUGAUAUGCAUUCACUGUUUACAGUUAUGAGGUACAACAAGUUUAAAACAGACCCGUUGUCAAAAUGUCAAGGCUGUAAUCCCCCAUACAGUGCAGAGAAUGCUAUAUCUGCAAGAUCAGAUCUCAACCCAGCUGAUGGCAAAUAUCCAAUCAGUGCCUUAGGACACAGAAGGCAUGGUGGCACUGACUGUAAGGCAACAAACUUUAAAUUGGCCAAUCAGUUAUCAGCCUGGAUUGUAGCAGGGCCAACACAUGAUGACCAACCUGUUUUUAAAUGGAGCACCAGUGGCUGGAAAACACCAAUGGGACAUCCUGAUGAAUUCAACUUCUCACAAUUUGUACAAUCAUGGGAAUGAUUGUGUGUUUGAAGGCAAAUAAAGUCAAUGAAAAAAUAAGAGUUUAAUCAGAUUUCAAUGAUUGGUGAGAGUGCUGCUAAAUCUCAAAUUGGAGUAAACCUGCCUAUGCCAGCAGGUAAACAUUUUCUGUGAUUCCAAAUGACACUAGCUUCAAGAUUGGUAACAUUUGGUAGAAAUAUUUUUUUGAAAAUUCAUUUGCUAUAGUUGUUCUCUCUGACAUGGCUUAACCAAUGAAUUUAGUUUGGAUAUAAUUGAUUGUUAUCAGUUUCAAUAUUUGGUUUAUUAAGAAGUUCAUACUUAAAAUGCAUACAUUGAUUCAAACAAAACAAUACCCUCAAAAGCAAUGAAGCUUUUGCCAAGCUCUUUAAAAUAGCUAAUAUGAGAUAGAAUGAAUUUAUGAUUGAAGUAGUUCUAUAAAGUUGAGUGGCACUCUUAUAUUCUUGUAGAUGGUAACCAACAGAGACUUACAUAAGAGUAAGUUUAAAGUAAAAUAAAUAGACAUUAUCACUAGACUUUCUGUUCAUAAAACCCUGGCACCACAGUUACAAAAUUUAAAUUUAAAAUCUUAUUGUUUACUACUUGAUGUCUCUUUAAGAGUCACUUUUUGAGAAAAGAGUAUUUUAUAUUCAGAUUUUCAUGUGUAUUAUCUGAAUAUAUAAAUCAAAUUAGAUUGCACUGUUGUAAAUGGGUAUCCAGUCAUGUAGACUUGAUUUUGCAUUUCCUUUUACUUGCAAAGCUGUGACUGGGUGCUUUAAUUUAAUCAUUUCUUUAUCUUAUGUAAAACAGUUUUUUGAGCCGGUCUUCAUGAAGUGAAUAUUACAAUGUGUGAGACUAAGACCUUUUUUGAUUGAUUUGUAGCAAGGCCUUUUAAUCAUAGAAAUUAAAAGGCAAGAAGCCUGAAAUAUGUGGCAGAAGUUUGACAUGCAAAUUAAAAUAUCAUCCAUUUUUAUACAUAAAAUUUUCUCAGUUAAUUAUCUUUUUUAUCAUGCCUGUGCACCUCCAUAUAAUUAGAUUUCAUUUUGAAAAAUGAGAAUCAUUAAAUUUUCUCAGUUAAUUAUCAUUUUUAUCAUGCCAGUGCACCUCCAUAGAAUUAGAUUUCUUUUGAAAAACGAGAAUCAUUAAAUUUUCUGAGUUAAUUAACUUGUUUAUCAUGCCUGUACACUUACAUAUAAUUAGAUUUCAUUUUGAAAAAUGAGAAUCAUUAAAUUUUCUCAGUUAACUAUCUUUUUAUCAUGCCUGUACACCUACAUAUAAUUAGAUUUCAUUUUGAAAAACGAGAAUCAUUAAAUUUUCUGAGUUAA